AUGAACCUCCUCCGAAAUGGCCUAUCCAGGGCCCCAACCUCCCCUUCAACCUCCACCUUCCGCCGACCGAUAACCCCCAGAUCCCAACCCCAGGUAUUGCGCCGACCACGCCCACAACGUCGAUACAACUCAGACUCCUCUACAGGGAAGACACUCGUCGAGAGAAAUACCACAUCUGCAAACCUAUCGCACUCGCACCAUUCAGCCGCCUCAACUUCACCUAAGCUCCCAGGCACAACCUCCGCCGCUACAGCCGCAGCUGCAGCCGGGGCAACGACUGCACCUGUUCGAAGUCGCGGAUUCCGCGAGGUGAUAAAAGCCGGCCCGGUCGGGAAGUUCGGAAGAUGGUAUGCGCGCGUGCAAGAGCGCAAGCCGUAUACGACACAGUUCUGGAGCUCGAUCGUUAUCUACCUGUGUGGUGAUCUGAGCGCGCAGAUGCUGUUUCCUUCUGAGGUUCCUGCACCUGCGAAAUCGGACGCCAAAGAUGGAGAUGCGGUUGCGCAGGGAGAUGGAGCGACUAUGAGCGCUGGGUAUGAUCCGCUUAGGACUCUGCGGCAUUUGUGUGUUGGCGCUGGGUCGAGUAUUCCUUCUUACAAAUGGUUCAUGUUCCUCGGAAACUAUUUCAACUACCCGAGCAGGUUCCUCUCGAUCCUGACAAAAGUUGUUGUGCAGCAGAUGUGCUUCACACCUGUCUUCAACACGUACUUCUUUAGCGUGCACUCUCUUCUCGCUGGUGCGACGCUCGACGAGACCUGGGAGCGAUUGAAGAAGGCUCUCCCCGUUAGUAUCCAGAACAGCGUUAAGCUCUGGCCGGCUGUUACCGCGUUCAGCUUUAUGUACGUGCCGGCGCAGUUCCGGAAUGUCUUUUCUGGGUGCAUUGCUGUUGGCUGGCAGACCUAUCUGAGCUGGUUGAACCAGAAGGCUGCGAAGGAGGUUGCGGCUGCUGAGGCGCUUGCUGCGGCAGAGGGGAUGGGCGCUGGUGCAUUGCAUGCUGUUUCCGGGGGGAAUAUGAUUUCUGCUGGGACUGCAUGA